CUUUCUUAUGUUUUUUCUUUUUUACCCGAUAUACGAGAAAAGCUAAAGUUGAACUUGGAAUAAAGAGGAUCCAAGCAGAAGCAGUCAUCUGUUGCCCCAAAGCAAGCAAUCAGAUUAAGAAACAGACCGAGGAAAAGAAAGAGUGAUUUGAAAUUUGCUAAUCAGACUCCAAUAAUAAAAUCAAUCAAUGGACGAGGAGAGAGUGAAAGAGGGAGAAGAAGAAUGUGAAAUAGAGUAUGUAAGCUAUGGAGGAGAACAUCACUUGCCCUUAAUCAUGAAUCUUGUUGAUCAAGAACUCAGUGAACCCUACUCCAUCUUCACCUAUCGUUACUUUGUUUAUCUUUGGCCCAACCUUUCUUUCCUUGCUUUUCAUAAGGGCAAAUGCAUUGGAACUGUGGUAUGUAAAAUGGGGGAGCAUCGAAACACUUUUCGGGGUUACAUUGCUAUGCUUGUGGUUCUUAAACCUUAUCGCGGCAAGGGCAUUGCUACUGAACUUGUUACAAGAUCUAUCAAGGUCAUGAUGGAAUCGGGUUGUGAAGAGGUAACACUAGAAGCAGAAGUUACAAAUAAGGGAGCACUUGCAUUGUAUGGGCGUCUUGGAUUCAUUAGGGCAAAAAGGCUAUUCAGAUACUAUUUGAAUGGUGUCGAUGCUUUCCGGCUGAAGCUAUUAUUUCCCCGCCCAGAGUUAUCAUCUGGUCAUUUGAUAGUAGAAAACGAAGACAUGCCACAUGAAGAGAGUCAACCAGAGUUAUCAUCUGGUCAUUUGAUAGUAGAAAACGAAGACAUGCCACAUGAAGAGAGUCAACGGCACUAGUCGAAUUGAACUAGAGCUUUUAAAGCCAAACAAACAAGUGGAAUAUGCUAAAAUGUAGAAUGAUAGACCCGUAUUUAAAAAUAUUUUGUAAUGCUUUGUCAAUUUAUUUACAGUCUUUAAUUUAUUCUUGAA